AUACACGCACUCUUGCUGUUGUGGAAAAAUCAUCAAUCGAAGUGGACCCUGUCCUCUGGUUUAUUCACAAACACAUGGAAGCACACACACUUAAAUGGACUUACACACACAAACGAGAGUAUAUAAAGGGUUGGGCCCUUUAACAUUCUCUCAUCAUUUGAAAAACAGAUCUCAAGGCAAACUGUUAUCUUCACUCACAAACCUCCCCCCAGAAAAGAGAGAAACAUGCCAGCAGAUUACAAUGGACACUGGGAGAUGGUGAGCAAUGAGCACUUUGAGGACGUCAUGAAGGCCCUCGACAUUGACUUUGCCACCAGAAAGAUUGCUUCUCACCUCCAUCAGACAAAAGUGAUCGUUCAGAAUGGAGACAAGUUUGAAACCAAGACCCUAAGCACCUUCAGAAACUAUGAGGUGAACUUCACUGUGGGGGAAGAGUUCGAGGAGCACACGAAGGCCCUGGAUAACCGAAAAGUCAAGACUCUGGUCACCUGGGAUGGGGACAAGUUGGUGUGCAUUCAAAAAGGGGAGAAAGAAAAUCGUGGUUGGAAACAGUGGAUUGAGGGAGACAUGCUACACCUGGAAAUCACAGCUCUUGAUAAAGUUUGCCAUCAGGUAUUUAAGAAGAAGCAGUAGAAUGGAAGAUAAUGUUGUCUGUACCAAAUGUAAUGUUGCUGUCUGUUUGAAUUUAGAGAGCUUUAAUAAAGUGAUUUAAUAAAAAUGUUCAUUUCAAGGUUGUAAAGAUUUUUUUUUAAAAGGCACCACAAUAAAAAAAAGCUUCAAAAUAACCAAUAAAGAUUGGUAACACAAUCACC